CACUAUAACCCCUAUAGACACCACGCGGACCAUGGCCGGUCGCUGCUCCUUACCCACAUGCGACCGGAUUCGAUAAAUCGCUGUAGCGCUCUACCCGAACAAGUCAUGAAAGUCGGCGUGCCUGCAGAAUUCAUCGAAAUUACCAAAGAUCCACUUUAGCGGUUACCCUUGCUACUGUUGUAGCACAUUAUCUACAUCGCUUCUACGUAGUCGGCGAGGCGAGCGACAGCUCCUUCCAUCAGGUUGUACAACGGAUGUGGCGCACUUGGUAAACACGUUCCCUACACAAGAGAAUCAUCUCUAGCUUUGAUCUCCUCCCAAUCCUUCUUUCCACACGUCCAUUUCUGUUAUGACACUCACCUACAGACAUCUAUCCAAGCAUGUUUGUUCCAAGCACCAUGGCUAGGAGACAGCCUUUCCGAUCGGGGUCAACCCAAGCAGCCCGUAUACUAUCGCGUUGCAGAACUCAAUCAACUCUGGCCGCUCAGAAAACCUACUGGGAUCACAUCCAGCCAUGGAAGGGUGUUUCUAGAGUCGAAUUCAUGUCUUACAGAUGGCAACUUCGCAACACCAUCUCUGAUAAGCACAAGCUCUAUCAGUUCCUCAACACAGCUUUGCCCGACAAACUACUUCGCUCGCAGCAUGAUCAACUCAGGAAAAUUCGUACCAAGAACGACUUCAUCGAGGAUGCUAUCGCUGCCAUCAAGCUGGCACCCAUGGCCAUCCGACUCACACCACACGUACUCUCGCUAGUUGAUUGGCAAAAUGCCGUGGACGAUCCUAUCCGGCGACAAUUCCUUCCACUCCGAAGCGGCAUCGUCCCCGACCACAAGAACAUGGAGCUGGACUCCUUGCAUGAAGAAGCAGAUAGUCCCGUCCCUGGAUUAGUCCACCGAUAUCCUGGAAGAGCUUUGUUCUUGGCCACAUCAAUUUGCCCUGUCUACUGUCGUUUCUGCACGCGAUCCUACGCAGUCGGAGGAAACACCGAUACCGUAUCGAAGAAACCACAAAAGCCCAGUCGUAAGCGAUGGGAAGUCAUCUUCAAGCAUAUCGCCAGCGAUGAGUCGCUCGAGGACAUUGUCGUUUCCGGCGGCGACGCCUACUUUUUACAGCCCGAUCACAUCAAAGAAAUUGGAGAAAGACUCCUCAACAUUCCGCACAUCAAACGGGUUCGGUUCGCUUCGAAGGGGCUGGCUGUGGCUCCUGGCCGCAUACUUGAUGAUAGUGACCCAUGGGUUGACAGCUUGAUAGAGGUGUCUAAUAAAGGCCGAGACAUGGGCAAGCAAGUUUGCCUUCAUACCCACAUCAACCAUGCCAAUGAGAUUACAUGGAUAACGGAGCUGGCUGCGAACAAGCUUUUCAAGCAUGGCGUCAUUGUUCGCAACCAGUCUGUUCUUUUGAAAGGCGUCAACGAUGACUUCGAGCCGCUUUCGGACCUCAUCAAGAAGCUCUCCAACAUCAACAUUCAGCCAUACUAUGUCUAUCAAUGCGAUAUGGUACAGGGCAUCGAAGAUCUCCGAACACCUCUCAGCAAGAUUAUCAGCCUCGACAAGGAGCUCCGAGGAACUUUGUCAGGCUUCAUGAUGCCAUCUUUCGUCGUCGACCUUCCUGGCGGUGGUGGCAAGCGUCUUGUCUCCACGUAUGAAACAUACGAGGACGGCGUCGCAGAGUACAGGGCGCCUGGUCUCUCAGGCACCAAGGGCACAAGGACAUACACCUACUUCGAUCCGAAACCUGUGGACUCAGCCGUACUGGAAAAGUUUCGACAAGGUCAGGUCAAGGCUCUGGAAAGAGGUGAGACGCUUGAGCAAUUUUUUGCUAAGUCAGCUCCUCGACCACCCAUUCCUACUGGACCAAUGCUGCCUACUCCUGAACCAUCCCUUCAGCCAUACCCAGGAAUGAUGGUGGAGCGACCUCAGCCAUGGACACAUGAACAAGCGGGGACUAGAUCAGUAUAUGCAUGAUCAUGUGACAUUCGUCUCACAGGCGCUAGUAACAGCGCUCGACAUGACGUGCACAUUUUCGACAUCAGAGGCGCGGCAUUCGAACAUAGAUAUACAUCGACGACGAAAUGGCCACACUUCAUUACGGCCGCUACCCAAAAUUGUCUCUAGGCUCAAAGCGGAUCCAACUUCGAUCCAAAGUUUCUUGGACCUUAUAAUAUUCGCUCACUUCUCUGUAUCCGUUAUCAUCUUACAUUCACUUUCGCCGU